AUGAAGAAACCCCUUCAAGAAGUCGGACCCGGUUUUGGGACUCUUCGCGCAGCAUGCGAUUAUUUUCAGAUUCAUUAUUUUUCUUCUUCUCCUUGGAUCAUUCUAAACUCUUCAGCAUCGUCAUCUUCUUCUGGCUCUGGCUCUGGCUCUGGCUCUGCGAGUGAAAGUAAGGAGAACUACUCCUCCUCGCAGGUGGAAUUGUCUCCGCAUGUUGUGUAUAUACUGACGACAAGUGAUAUACAACCAGAAACGAACCUAACCACCCUCCCCCAUCAUUCCUCAGACUUUACACAUCCAGCGGUCGAGCUCAUUUUAGGAUAUCGACUGAGUCGGUUCAAUACCGUUAUGCUUGCGGGUAGGGACAGGGUCAAGGACAGGGUCAUCCCUGACCUCCACUGCGUUGAAGAGCUUGCAUUGGUAGAAUCGUUGCCAAACAACAAUACCAGCAGCAAGAAUUGUUCCUACGACGUACCAAGAAUCACGCGCCUCAAGCACGCAGAAAUCAAGUCCCAAAGCAGGACAUAUCUAACCAUCGUGGAAACGAGCAGUUAUGGCGAUAACGAUAUGUCUCCUAUGGAAGCAGCCAUGGCCCAAAUCCCUAUUUACCUCCGCGCGAGACUGGAAAAACAUGACCUGGAGAAACCCACCACCACGAGCACGACGGCUUCUUCUAGCAGUUUUUUCUACGGCAUCGCAACAGACAGCCUCCACUGGUGUUUUUUCUGCCUGGUCCGGAUACAGACAGGCAGCUACAGGAGACAACGGCUUAUUCGAUCGCCCAUCUUGAAGUGGUGCGCAGCGCAGAAGAGGGAGGUUUUGAGAUGGAUUGAUUUUGUGCUUGAGAGGGGUGCGCUGGGCUUGGUUGAUGAUGCUAGCAAUGCUGGCGAUUCUGGCGAUAUUUCAGGCAAUUCUGGCGAGAAUACAGGCGAGAUGAUAUCUUCAUCUUCUAGCUCUGGAGGAAGAAGAUGGAAAGAAGAAGCUGAUGAAGAAGAGGAAGAGGAAGAAGAACAAGAACAAGAGGAUGACUACGAACCCAACGACGACAAAGAAGAAAGAACUACUAUCACCAGCCCACCCAGCAUCGGCUGCAAAACAGGUAUUCUUAUCGAUGUCGACGACGAUGUCGACGAUCGUGUUUGUGACAUUGCUGCUGCUUAUGCAGACUGGUACAUGCACAUGUAUCACAUGUAUACAGCAGCAGGAGCAGGAAGAGCAGGAGGAUACAAGUACAGUACAUGA